AAAGUCAAGUCCAAGUCCAAGUCUGCUCCCCCCACUACUCAGGAGAUCCAACAAAAUUACAACCGAUUGCAGAAUGAUCUCCAAACACUGGCUAGCAAGAUCGGCGAGUUAGAGCAGGAAGCAGAGGAGCAUGGACUCGUGCUGUCGACCUUAGAUGAAGCACUCGCGGAGGAGCCGGAUCGCAAAUGCUUCCGGCUUGUAGGCGGCGUACUGGUGGAAAGGACCGUCAAGGAUGUCGUGCCUGCGCUACAAACAAACAAGGAAGGGAUUCUGAAAGUGGUCUCCACUCUUGCUGAACAGUACAAAACCAGAGAGGAUGAAUUUGAAUCCUUCAAGCGCGAGUACAACAUCCGGCCUGCAUCUGCGGCAUGA